AGCUGCCGGCCGGGAACACCUCUUCGCCCGGGCGCUGCGGCGGCGGUAGGGGGGAAGCGGACGUGACAGGCAGAGCUGUCGGGCGCAGGCUGCCGGAGGUGGAGGGCGAUGGUCGUCCCCAGGGGGCAGGAGUACCAGGCUCCCCAGGAGGUUGAAACGAGAGAAGAUGAGGAACAAAACAUAAAGUUGACUGAAAUUUUGGAACUGUUGGUGGCUGCUGGGUAUUUUCGAGCCAGAAUCAAAGGGUUAUCACCCUUUGACAAGGUGGUAGGUGGCAUGACGUGGUGCAUUACUACCUGCAACUUUGAUAUUGAUGUUGAUUUAUUGUUUCAGGAAAACUCUACUAUUGGUCAAAAAAUUGCCUUAACUGAAAAAAUUGUAUCAGUAUUGCCAAAAAUGAAGUGUCCUCAUCGUUUGGAACCACAUCAAAUCCAGGGACUGGAUUUCAUUCAUAUAUUUCCUGUUGUACAGUGGCUGGUAAAACGUGCAAUAGAAACAAGGGAAGAAAUGGGAGAUUAUAUCCGUUCUUACUCAAUAUCACAGUUUCAAAAAACUCACAGACUACCUGAGGAUGAUGAAUUUAUGCAAAGAAAAGAGAAGGCUGUCAAAGCUGUCACUGAUAUAUUUGAGGUUUACAAACCCCAGAGAAAAUAUAAACGUCAGAAGGGAGCUGAAGAACUGCUAGAUGAAGAAUCGAAGGUUCAUGCUACACUUCUGGAAUACGGCAGGAGGUACGGAUUUAGCAGACAAGCAGGAAAAACGGAACAGGCUGAAGAUAAAAAACUUGCGGUACCUCCAGGGCUUGCAGCAGCAGGAAAAGCUGAGCCUUGUGAUGAAGAUGACCUUCAAGCUGCUGAAGAGCUUCGCAUUAAAACUCUGAUGACCGGAAUGGCUGCAAUGGCAACAGAAGAGGGCAAGUUGACAGCAAGCACAGUUGGCCAGAUUGUUGGACUCCAGUCAGAUGAGAUCAAGCAAAUAGUGUCAGAAUAUGCUGAAAAGCAAUCUGAGCUUUCUGCUGAGGAGCGACCAGAAAGGCUUGGAGCUGCCCAACAACAUCGAAGGAAGGUGGCAUCUCUGAAUAAGCAGAUUUUGCAAAAAAACAAACUCCUGGAAGAGUUGCAAGCUAAAUGUACUGAUCUGCAGGCAAAAUGCACUGAAGCAAAAAAGACAUUAACAGAGGUUAAGAGUUACAGUGAAAAGCUGGACAAAGAAUUGGCAGCCUUAGAAAUUAUAGAAUCCCAGGCAGAUUCUAGUGUAUUACAGAGUCUGCGAGCACUGGUGGCCAUGAAUGAAAACCUAAAAAGCCAGGAGCAGGAGUUCAAAGCACAUUGUAGGGAAGAAAUGGAGAGACUUCAACAAAGUAUUGAGAAUUUGAAAGCUGAGGCAGUGGAAAAUUGGGAGGAACAGGAGCCGAAUAAGAUUAUAGAACAGCAGUACAAAACUGAGAAAGAAAAGCUUCAAAAGAUCCGUCUGUUACUGGCAAGAAGAAACAGAGAAAUAGCCAUUUUGCAGCGCAAGAUUGAUGAAGUACCCAGCCGAGCUGAGCUAACACAGUAUCAGAAGAGAUUUAUUGAACUUUACAGUCAGGUCUCAGCAACGCACAAAGAAACGAAGCAGUUCUUUACUCUUUAUAAUACACUGGAUGAUAAAAAAGUAUAUUUGGAAAAGGAGGUUAACUUACUGAAUUCUAUUCAUGACAACUUUCAUCAAGCAAUGUCAUCUUCUGGUUCUCGGGAGCAGUUUUUACGGCAGAUGGAGCAGAUUGUAGAAGGCAUCAAACAGAAUCGAAUGAAGAUGGAAAAGAAGAAACAAGAAAACAAAAUGCGAAGAGACCAGUUGAAUGAUGAAUAUUUAGAGCUUCUAGAGAAACAGAGGCUUUACUUUAAAACAGUGAAAGAAUUUAAAGAGGAAUGCCGUAAGAAUGAAAUUCUGCUGUCCAAGCUGAAAGCCAGUUCUUCCUGAAGAACUUCAGCUGGUGAAGUUUCUAGAUGAUUGUUCAGUCCAUUGAAUCUCUUUUGUGAGGUGACAGUUAUAACUGCAAUGUAGAUAUAUAUAGAUAUAUAUAUAAAAUAUAUAUAUAUACACAGCUAUAAAAGUGGGUUUUUUUCCAGUAUGUAUUCAGUUUUACAUGCCUUCAUCACUGGCUGUAUUCUUUGUUAUUGCCUCCACUGCACAGUAAAGAGUUAAUGCAGUACAGCAAAAUAGAAAUAUUGUCUAAUUUUAUUUAUUUGGAUUUGGGUUUGGGUUUUUUUUUCCCCCAGUAAGAACAAUGGGGAUGUGUUUUACUUGGGUUUUAACACUGAAUUAAGUCAAGAUUCUACUGUGUAAUAUAUCCAGUACCAACAAGCUGAGCGCUGCAGAGUGCAGCAGUUUGUUAAUUUUGGCUAAAAAAAUGCCACAAAAUGGGAUUCUUGAAACUUUCUUCACCAGCUAAUGACUUCACAUUGUUUUAGUUUACACUCUAGCCAUAGAUAAGAUUCCAAGGGAUAAAAAAUAAUUUCUAAAAAAUGGAAACUUGCCUUGCAUAAUUCCUGGUGUAAAAUUAUAAAUCUAUAUUUUUAUAAAGUUUAGCUGUUGUAUAAAUUUCUUUGAAAUUUCAUUUUUAUAGAGAGAGAGUGCACUUGUUAAAUUAAUAGCUCCAGGAAAAAACACCUUAAUCACUAGGAUUAUCAUUUUAUGCCUGGCUGGAAUAAAAUCAGAGCCUGUGUCACCUGUAAUAUAGGAAGAAAAAGAUUCAGACCUUCUGCUCCCAUGAACUGAUGUUCACCUUUGAAGACAACAACCUAUUUACCCUGCUGAAGAUUUGCUCUUGAAAGUUUAGAAACUUUGUGGAACACUUUCUGAAACAUUUUUAUAUCUGUAUAUACAGUAUUUUAUAAUUCAAACAGUUGCUUUUUGUACUUAACAUCAGGAUUUUGGACUGAUUUCUUAAUGUAAAUCACAUCUUCAGGACAAAGAAGACCCAUGUUCUUUUUCACCAGUAACACUGAUAACAGGGCUGUUUGGUUACUUUCUAUGGCAGCAAAUAUAAAAUAAAGAAUGUUUGGAAUCCA